CUUCCACACUUUAAAAAGCUAUGUUACUGAGGAGAGUUGGAAUGUGUUCUGGGAGUGGGUGUGUUUGCUUGAGUUCAGUGUGUGCAGAAAAGGCAAGCCUCCACAGCCAUUUACACAUUUCGCUCCUCAGCGAUGGGUACACAGACAGCCAAGCUCCUGGACUAAGUCUCUGAAUGUGUAUCUGACACUUCCCCUUACUGAGCUCCGGAGGCUCCUUCUUGCUGAGCUCCGGAGGCUCCCAGUGACCUCUUGAUAAUCAGCCUUGGUGGGGCCCAAAUCCCUACCCCUUGGAAAACUCACUGAGCCUGACAUCUGCCUGUAAGCAGCUUUCAGGAAAGAUCUCACAAACGCCCACCCAAUCUCUCUUGGUAGCAAACUGUCAAAUCAUGCCCAUUUCCUCAAAAGAUGGUGGAGGACUUAGCAGCCUCCUAUAUUGCUCUGAAAUUGGAGAAUGAAAUUCUGCAGGCUCAAGUGCGGUGGCUGAUGGAAGAAAAUGCUACCCUCCGGGCCCAGAUCUCAGAGCUUCAGAAGUCCCAAGCAGCCAAGGAGGAUGAUCUACUCCGAAAGUCCUCAGAGGCCAAGGAGCCCCAGAAGCUCCCAGAGCACACGAAUCCCCCAGCAGCCUGGGAGUCCCAAAAGACCCUAGAGUUCAAGGAGCCCCAGAAGCCACCAGAGCCACAGGAGCUUCCACCCUGGGAACCCCCAGCAGCCUGGGAGCUCCAGGAGGCCCCAGCAGCCCCAGAGUCCCUGGAGCCUCCCGCAACCCAGGAGUCCCAGAAACCUCCAAUGGCCCAUGAGAUCCCAGCAGUCUUGGAGGGCCAGGGGUCUGCAGACACCCAGGAUCCCACAUCAGCCCAAGAGCCCGAGACUUCAGAACCCCAGGAUCCCCCAAAUAUUGAGAAGCCCCAGGAGGCAACAAAGUGCCAGGAGACUGCAGCACAGCUAGAGUUCCGUGAGCUUCCAGCUCCUCAGGAUCUUCUGGAGCCUUCAAAUGCCCAGGAAUUCCUAGAACUCUCAGCAACCCAGGAGUCCCUGGAGAGUCUAAUAGUUGUGGAGACAUUGGCAGCUCCAGAGUUUCUACAGGCCCCUAUUGGGUUAGAGGGUACAGCUUUCCCCCUGGAAUACCCUUUAACUUUCAAUGGAGAUUCCCAGAAGCUUCCCGAGUUCCUGGUUCAACUGAAUAGUUACAUGAGAGUCAAAGGGCACCUGUGUACCACUGAGGCAGCCCUGGUGAGCUUUGUUGGCAAUUGCUUCUCAGAUAAGGCAGGAUGGUGGUUCCAGCUCUUACUGGAUAUCCAAAGCCCCUUACCGGGUCAAUGUGAAAAUUUCACACAUGUGCUCCAGGAUACUUUUGAUAAUCCCGAAAACAUGGAAGAUGCCAACCAGUGCAUCUGUCAACUCUGCCAAGGGGAGGGUCAUGUAACAACCCACUUCCACCUUGUUGCUCAAGAGCUGAACUGGGAUGAAAACAUUCUCUGCAUUCAAUUUCAAGAAGGGCUUUCCAGUUCUAUACGAGAUUAACUGUUUCACACAAGCCCAGCCACCAACCUAUCUGAUCUCAUCACUCAGUGCAUCAGCCUAGAAGAGAAGUCUGAUCCCAAUCCAUUAGGGAAAAGCUCCUCUGCAGAGGGAGAUGGGCCUGAGAGUCCACCAGAUGAAAACCAACCUAUGCAAGCUGCAAUCAACUGUCCACACAACAGUGAAGCUGAAUGGGCCCAUUGGCGCAAAGGCCACUUAUGCCUCUACGGUGGUUAUCCUGGUCAUUUUGCCAGAGAUUGCCCUGUCAAGUCUCAUCAAGCCCUGCAGGCAGGAAACUUUGAGACCUGCCAGUAA